AGUAAAGGCGAAACCACUCCUGCAGAUGCCCAAGGAAGAAAAAAGAACACCGGCCCCCCUGUCAACUCGAAUGAGGCGGCAACAGCAUCCUUCCCCCAGCCCUCCUCCCUUGACGCAGGGCUGACAUUGCGAUGAAAUGCACGGAUGAAGGUUACGCACACAAACGACCUCACCAAUCUCUGCCUCACUUGCAGAUCCCUUCACUCGCUAGCGGUGCCGCAAAUAUACGCCCGCUUCGAUAUCGUGUGGCCCGAUGCCGCUACGACCGGUGAACGGGUUGGCGUUGACGCCUUGACGCACGGACUGGCUACCCUAACAAAUGUCACGAGGAGGGGUAACGAUCAUGCGCGGUGGGUCAAGAAGUUUUCGCUCGGAAACGGACCGGGGGAGUGGGUGAUGGAGUACAACAUCAACAAGGAGGGAGGGAAGAUGUUGGGAACGCUCGUGAACCUGGGCAUUACUCGCAUGGAGAGCUUGGAGACCUUCUCCUGGGACAUGCCUACCGGUAUCCUGCGCGACGUCUUCAUGUCGCUGCACGAUCUCAAUGGAACGCUGAAGAACGUACACGUUCGAUUUCACGACAACAGGGAAACCACGACCCCGACCAGCCAUGAUCCCAGCAGAAAGGUGGAAACGCCGACAUUCAAGGGUUUUAAGGGUCUCAGGUCGCUGAGCGUGUUGGACAUCGACGAGCGCCAGUAUCUGGAAGAGAUGGCGUACGCGAUUGAAGAGAGCGCCGAUAAGCUGAGGGAGCUGAGAGUUGGCCUUGCGGAGCACAUGCACCUGACCAAUCGAUGGAUCAAGGAUUGGGACGAGUUGGAGCUCACCAAUGCCGAAGAUGGGAACAACACAUCUGUUGGUGGUGGAGUGUUGGGACUGCUGUUUGGGCGCAUCGUCAAUUGGGGGGAAGGCAGACGGAAACGGAGAAGCAACCGACCUGAAGAUGCUGGCACUGGCGCUCCUGCUCCUCCUCCUUCUUCUCCUCCCGUUAAUGUGACAGUUGCGGCUAUCAGUGCUGCUAUUAACGCUACUACUGGCAAUACUGCUGUCGCUACCCCGGCGGCUGUUGUUGCAGCAGCGGCGACUGUUAGCAGUGGGGCGGCACCAGCAGUCGUGACCCCAACAAGCGUCCCUAAUGCCGCUGUCAGCGGCGUCACUGACGACCAGGCGAAUGUAAAUAUGAUUGGUGUUCCCGCACCCAGCAGCGGAGCCCCACCAGCCGCAGCACAUAGUGCGGCAGCCCCUCUGGCUCCGGUACAAUUACCCUCCCCCACUGCCCCGCCAGCACCCUGGACGCCCUUAGGAGAAGGGCUGCAAGAAAUCAAGAGCACAGCAAGGCCUUACAAUGCGCAAUUUGAGAGCAAGCCCUCGAAGCAGCUUAGGCUAGAGACUCUCGCCCUCGAACGGGUGCCGAUAUCGAUCCCAAUGCUGGUUACCGCCAAAGCGAUUGACUGGACGUGCCUCUCGAACCUCACGAUCGUCAACUGUUAUAACCACGACCGGUUCUUCAAAGCCCUGCGACGGAAAUUCUCUCCUUGCUUGCCUCCGACGGUACUUCACACCACCGGUAUCAACCCUAAGCAUGGACACCCUUCGGUAGCCGCGCAUCGAGUGAGAGGAAUGCACCAGGCUGUGCCUAGCCCGUCGGACUAUAAACUCCGGCUGAAGAAGCUGCACACGGAUUGUGUCACGCCUGUGUUGAUUGCAUUCAUCAGGGACACACUGCCGCCCAAUUCGCUCGAGAUCUUGUUCUUGCAGGAGACAGCGAAUGACAGCACUGUGACCAUGGACAUCAUCUACAAGGGUGCUAUCAGGAGGCAUAAGGGUAGCUUGAAAAAGUUGUUGGUCAACUCGAAACACAAUGACGAUGCCGAUGGCAUGUUCAAGUGGACAUUCAAGAAGGAACAUCUGGCUUUCAUCAGCAGUGGCAAGAUGCCCAACCUUAGAGAGCUUGGGAUGGCCCUGGAAUACAGUGAUUGGCAUUACUUCCUAACCCGUCUACCGCACAUGCCGCAACUGCGGUCCCUCUACCUUACAUACAUCCGCGACACGCCCCACCUCACUGGUUUCGCUCCAAGGGAACUCGCCAACCAAAUCGUCAACACCGUCAUCCUGCGUCCCGAGGUCGAGCUGUGCUAUGUGGGCAUCCUGAACAAAUGUUUCGAGAUUCUGGAAGGCCGAAGCGACGAUCCCGAUCUUCCCGAUCUUCCUGAGCCCCAAGCUCCUGAUGGUAUAACCGGAGGACCUCCGGCUCCACCCGGGCAAGAUUCGGACGACGAGGAGGAGAGUGAGCUUGACGACGAGGACGAGGAGGAUGACGACUUGGUCGAUGACGAUGACGCUGAUGAUAGCGAGAGCGACGGCGGAUAUUCCGAGGACGAGAAGCAGAAGACAGGGAUCAGGUUGAGGGAGAUACUUUUCUAUGACGAUAAGGUGGAGAUAUUCAGGGCUAGGAAUGCGAGUUUGUGAUUCGAUACCAUUGUGUGGUUGGACUGGAGGUUUGAUAUUUUGGUAUUUUUGCUGCGAUUCUUUCCCUCUGCUUCCUGUACCUUUUUUUUUCUCUUUUUCUUUCUAACUUGUGGGAAGGCGUAUAAUGGGUUGCGAUUUGCAUUUAAGACCUGGCGGUCUUUGUGGACUUUUUACUCUGUUGUUUUUUCUUUUCUCUUUCUU